CCAGCCCUAACCGCUAGCGCACCAAACAUUUGCCCCGCCAGCAACCUCCACACCUGUGCCCGGCCAUCACCACCAUCGCCCGCCUACGCCCGCCUCCGCAAUCCGCCAACCACAAUGUCGACCGUCACCGACACCCUACUCCGGCACUACAACGCUCUCUACUCCUGUCCCUUCCACCAGACCGUUCUCGCCACCACCGUCCUGGGGCUCACCACCUCCUACCUCCUCCUGCGCUCCACAGCACCGCCCCCCCGCAGCAUUCCCUCGCCACGCAUCAAGCCCCCCACCGCGGCGACCCCCUACCCGCCCACCAUCCUCCCAGGCGCGCGCCUCAUCUCGACUCCGCAUGGCACCAUAAACGUCGCGGAAUUCGGCCCGCCCCACGGGCGCAAGAUCCUGCUGAUCCACGGGAUCAGCACGCCGUCGAUCGUCUUCGCGAGUCUCGCGCAGGCGCUCGCCAGCGAUGGGUACAGGGUGAUGGUGUUCGACCUGUUCGGCCGCGGGUAUUCCGACGCACCGACGGACGUGCACUACGACGAACGCCUGUUCUCGACGCAGAUCCUGUAUGCGCUGUACGCCUCGCCGCUGGAGUGGGAUCGCUUCUCCGUGGUCGGGUACAGUCUCGGCGGCGGGAUUGCGGUCGCGUUCGCCGCACAUUUCGCUCAGAGAAUCGAGAGCCUGGUCCUGUUCGCGCCCGCGGGAUUGCUGAAGGGGAAUGGCCUCGGGUAUUUGACAAAACUGGCGAGGGGCGGAUGGGUGCCGAAGGCGAUUGAGACGUGGAUGCUCGGGCGACGGCUGGCCACUAGGGAGGCGGCGCAUAAGAAGGAUGCGCCGAAUGAGGAUGGGAUGAAUUAUUCCAAUGUGAUGAAGUGGCAGGCGGCGGAACAUAAAGGGUUUGUCAAAGCGUUUGCGAGCUCGUUCAGAUACGGCCCCAUAUAUGACCGUCAGGAGGAGUGGCGCGCGGUGGGAAAGGCCGGCAUCGCGAAGAUGGGUGUGCUGAUCGGCGAGGGGGAUGAUGUCGUUCCGCCCGCUCUGUUGGGGGAGAUGGUUACGCUGCUGGGUGGGCAGGAGAGAGUCAGGGGGGAGAUUCUGGUGGGCGCGGGACAUAAUCUGGUUAGAGAGAGAUGGAGGGAAUGUGCGGAUUUCGUGGGCGACGUGGUUGGUGACCCGGAGGGCUCCGAUGAUGGCUACGACGACGAUGCUAUGACUGCUAGUACUAGCACUUUCGGCGACUUUUAGGUGGAUAUAUGAUGGACCAGACAAAAAGGAAAGACAAGUGAAUGGCGAGCUGAUGACUGCCUGGUUUAGACUGAAGUUUUGUAUGUAUAUAAGCAUGGCGAGGAUGUGGACGUGUGUAUUGUAGAUAUCCCUCUGGUUAGUUAGAGACGAGGGGGUGAUUUGGAAAGGCGAGAAGACGGACAGAACGGGUUGGUUAAAGAGUCACAAAAAAAAGUUGCAUCUCCUCCUCACUUCUCAUACCAAGCACUGAAUUCC